UCGCCCGGCUACGCAGGCGGCGGGGCUGCGGCACAGGCCGGGCGGCACCAUGGCGGCGGCGGCGCCUGCUGCUGCUGCGGCUUCUUCCGAGGCGCCGGCGGCGACUGCGACGGCAGAGCCAGAGGCCGGGGACGAGGACAGUCGCGAGGUCCGAGUGCUGCAGAGCCUGCGGGGCAAGAUCUGUGAAGCGAAAAAUUUAUUGCCGUAUCUUGGACCCAACAAGAUGAGAGAUUGUUUCUGUACCAUAAAUUUGGACCAGGAAGAAGUUUAUCGUACCCAAGUUGUUGAGAAAUCUUUAAGCCCAUUUUUCAGUGAAGAAUUUUACUUUGAGAUUCCAAGAACUUUCCAGUAUUUGUCUUUCUAUGUUUAUGAUAAGAAUGUUUUACAAAGGGACCUUCGUAUAGGAAAAGUAGCCAUCAAAAAAGAAGACCUGUGUAACCACAGUGGUAAAGAAACUUGGUUUUCACUACAGCCUGUUGAUUCCAAUUCAGAAGUUCAGGGUAAAGUUCACCUUGAAUUAAAACUGAAUGAACUUAUAACAGAAAAUGGAACUGUGUGCCAGCAGCUUGUUGUACACAUCAAGGCAUGCCAUGGGUUGCCUCUCAUAAACGGACAAAGCUGUGACCCUUAUGCAACAGUUUCUCUAGUGGGCCCUUCUCGGAAUGACCAAAAGAAGACAAAAGUAAAGAAGAAAACAAGCAACCCGCAGUUUAAUGAAAUCUUUUAUUUUGAGGUAACAAGAUCCAGUAGUUAUACCAGAAAGUCCCAGUUCCAGGUAGAAGAGGAGGACAUUGAAAAGCUGGAGAUUAGGAUCGACUUGUGGAACAAUGGAAACCUGGUCCAAGAUGUUUUCCUAGGUGAGAUUAAGGUCCCUGUGAACGUGUUAAGAAAUGAUUCCUCUCAUCAAGCCUGGUACUUGCUGCAACCAAGAGACAAUGGAAACAAGUCAUCUAAAACGGAUGACCUGGGAUCCCUUCGAUUAAAUAUAUGUUAUACAGAAGACUAUGUGCUUCCUUCAGAGUACUAUGGUCCUUUGAAAACUCUGCUGCUAAAAUCACCAGAUGUUCAGCCUAUAUCUGCCUCAGCUGCUUACAUUUUGGGUGAAAUAUGUCGAGAUAAAAAUGAUGCUGUUUUGCCCCUUGUACGACUGCUGCUCCACCAUGAUAAACUUGUUCCUUUUGCCACUGCAGUGGCUGAAUUAGACUUGAAGGAUAUACAAGAUGCAAACACAAUUUUUAGAGGAAAUUCCUUGGCUACCCGAUGUCUGGAUGAGAUGAUGAAAAUAGUGGGAGGGCACUACCUGAAAGUAACAUUAAAACCUAUUCUAGAUGAGAUAUGUGAAUCCUCAAAAUCCUGUGAAAUUGAUCCUAUUAAAUUGAAAGAGGGAGAUAAUGUAGAAAAUAAUAAGGAGAAUCUGCGCUACUAUGUAGACAAGUUAUUUAGUACAAUUGUAAAGUCAAGUAUGAGCUGCCCCACUGUAAUGUGUGAUAUCUUUUAUUCUCUGAGACAAAUGGCUACUCAAAGAUUUCCUAAUGACCCUCAUGUUCAGUAUUCUGCAGUGAGCAGCUUUGUAUUUCUUCGUUUCUUUGCUGUAGCAGUAGUAUCACCUCAUACUUUUCAUUUGCGACCUCAUCAUCCAGAUCCACAGACAAUUAGAACAUUAACUCUCAUCUCAAAAACCAUUCAAACUUUGGGAAGCUGGGGGAGUCUGUCCAAAAGCAAGUCAAGUUUCAAAGAGACAUUCAUGUGUGAAUUUUUCAAAAUGUUUCAAGAGGAAGGAUAUAUCAUGGCAGUUAAAAAGUUCUUGGAUGAAAUUUCAUCUACUGAAACUAAAGAGUCCAGUGGUACAAGUGAACCUGUGCACCUGAAAGAAGGUGAGAUGUAUAAAAGAGCUCAGGGAAGAACUCGGAUUGGAAAAAAGAAUUUCAAGAAACGGUGGUUCUGCUUAACAAGCAGAGAGCUCACCUACCACAAGCAGCCAGGUAAGUUCAUUGAACGCAAAGAUGCAAUUUACACCAUUCCAGUGAAAAACAUUCUUGCCGUGGAAAAACUGGAAGAGAGCUCUUUCAAUAAGAAAAAUAUGUUCCAAGUGAUACAUACGGAGAAACCACUCUAUGUCCAGGCAAAUAACUGUGUAGAAGCUAACGAGUGGAUAGAUGUGCUGUGCAGGGUGAGCCGAUGCAAUCAGAACAGGCUCACUUUUUACCAUCCUUCUGCGUAUCUAAAUGGAAGCUGGCUCUGCUGUCUGGAGACCAGUGAAAAUGCUCUCGGCUGCAAGCCAUGUACUGCAGGUGUCCCUGCAGACAUCCAAAUAGAUAUUGAUGAAGACAGAGAAACAGAAAGAAUUUAUUCCCUUUUUACUCUCAGUUUACUUAAGCUGCAGAAAAUGGAAGAGGCUUGUGGAACUAUAGCCGUCUAUCAAGGACCACAAAAAGAGCCAGAUGACUAUUCUAACUUUGUAAUCGAGGAUUCUGUAACAACCUUUAAGACAAUUCAGCAAAUAAAAAGCAUCAUAGAGAAGCUGGAUGAACCUCAUGAAAAGUAUAGGAAGAAAAGAUCGAGUAGUGCAAAAUAUGGGAGCAAGGAAAAUCCAAUUGGUGGGAAAACAACUUAAGAGUUUGACCAGUUGAUUCAGAAGAACUGGAAAAUAUUAUUUUUGUCAGAGUUUUUCAAUUCAUCGUAUACUUUGUUCAAAGUAUUUAAGAAUGAACAUUGACUUCAAUGUCACCUGCAUCCACGUUGUAUUUAAUAUUUAAUAAUCGAAAUUAACUGCUUGGGAAUCCUGGUAUUGACGUAUUCCUAGAGAAUUUAAAACCCAAGAUUCCCUUCAUAUCUUACGUGUUGAAAGCCAUGUUUCUGCAACUUCUUUUUAAUAGAGUCUUCCUAAAGAAAAGAAGCUUUGUAACAAAAGGAGAAGCCCUUCCAUAGCAAGAAACCAUCUCUUCUUGUAACACUCCGUGUUCUGUGGACUUUUCACUACCAUUAGUGCCUGCUCUGUACUGCCAACAUUGUGUUUUACUAGAAAAUCCUAAUCCAUGACUAUUCAGAGCUUUCCAUUUAGUUCAUCUAGACUCUCCCUCUUCAAAAAAGAAAAAAAAAAAAAAAAAAGAUUUCCUUUGGUCCAACGGUCAUUACAGUUUCCAUUAGGGACAGUGACAGAAACGUUCAAAAACUGCCAGAGCAUCCUUUUGCCUAUUUAGAGAUGUAAACAGAACUCAGAAAGGAGGAAUCAGGGAACAGGUACUGUUGUGUGCAUCUUGUUUACAUUUGGGAUGAGUGAUUGGCAGAGGAAAUAAAAUGAGACCACUAAAUUUUUUUCAUUGUUUUAAACAUCAGGUACUCAUUUUCUUGAUUUGAGAGUUGAGGUUAACAUGACUUCUAAGGACUUCUCUUCUGAAAAAGAAGAGACAGUCAACAGUGGGGAAAGGUGGCGGUAAAAUCACUUGACUUCACCUGUUGCUCUGUGAGGCGAGAGCUAACUCAACAACAGUCACUUGGCGCACUUUAGUAAUCCGGGCCACCCCAGAUUACACUCUAGAUACUCCGCGGUAUCUAAUCUUUAUGAUCAGUUGAAUGAUCAGUGUUUAAGUCUAGAAAUAGUGCUUUCCUGAAAAAUGUUUAUAUUUCAUUGCUGUUUCCUUAUUGCCUGCUAGCCAAAUGGAAUUUGGGCCAGCAACUGUUUGAAUCUUGUUUUUUUCCCUAGUAAUUUCCUUCUACCCAAACAAUCAUCACUGUAAAUAAGUAAUCGAAGCGAGUUGCCACCUUGAAGAGGGAUACACUUUGCUUCAUCAGUAUUAAAAACGAUGGUACUCUUAUUUUGUCUUUUAAAAUUCAAGACAUUUUCUAAAUGUGGUACUUUGAACCUUGGAGUAUUUUACAUGUUUCUGUUUAAAACUGUGACUUAUUCAUGUAAGUCUAGCUAGUAGUGCUUUUUUUGUUUCCCUGAGCAUAAGCUAUAUUUCAAGAUACACUCUGCCAAUUAUGUUAUUGGCGAGUUACUGUUUUUAAAUUAUAAUGUUACUAAGGUAAUUAUUUUUAAAGGCCAUUGGCACUCAGAGUUGUUCCAUAAAUGAUUACAACUGAACAAUGUAUUUCUCUAAAAGACUUGUAAAAAUCGGUUGGUUUUGUUUAAGAAUUAAUCCUAGUGUGCAUCAUGGUAGGCUAUUCCUGGCCCAUUUUUAAAGACAAGUUUGAAAAAAUCCUUUGAAUUUUAGGAGCAUUAACUAUACCGAUUUAUCAGUGUGGAAGAAUUUUACCAUUUAACAAAUCUCUCAUUGUUGAAUCUCAUUCAGACGGAAAUUCCCUUUUAAGAGUCUCUGAAUGUCUGCCUGCAAAGGAAUGUAAACAUUGCCAGGUACCAUUCAUUACUCUGGAGUGGCUUCUUUAGUUAUGUUCUUCUAAUAGUUCUAAUAUCAAGUCCUCAGGAUUAUUUCUAAAGUUCACAGCAUUCUCAAAGGGACCAAGGCUGUGUGAAUACGUGACUCAGAAUUUGAAAAGGAGUUCAGUUACUAAUUCUUCUCUUCACGUGACACUUUUAAGCAGCCAGUUUGACUGGAAUUAACCAUCUUGGCACAGCCUAAAAACAAGUAAUAUGAAAUGAAAUUUUCUUUCAAAGUCUUCUGAGAUGAGAGACCAUGUCAGUGGGACCCCCAAGGUAGCCUAGGUACGUACUUGCCUCCAAGGGCCUCAUUCCUCUGCUGUUACUUAUGAGUACUUUGAUUUUUACCACUGAAUCUGCUUUCUCUGCCUUUUCCACACUUGAAAAAAUACAUGGCAGCUCACUUCACCUUAAAACCCUGAAAACCCCAAGAAGGAAAGAAAAGGAUGAUAUGGAGAAACUCUUGCCAUAAAUGCCAGUUCUGGCUCUUAGUUUAGCUUUUUCCAUCAGUUGAAAUUAUGAUCUGUGGCUUGUUUUGUUGUUACUGUUUGUUUUUUCGUUUUUUGUUUCGCUUUUUUUUUAACAUUCAUUUAAUAAGAUAAUGGGCAAUAGCAACGUUUUUUACUCCCAGGAAUAUAAUUUAUCAAAUUGAACUAUUUUAUUUGCCAAAGAAAUUUGUUUAUAAUAUCACGGGUAAUUGUUAAGUGUCAAAACACGGCUUUCCUUAUUCUACAAAAAAAAGGUGAUGAAUGAUAUGGCUUUUGUUUGUUUCUGAAGCCUAAUUUCAUUCAUUUAUCAGAAAGGCUCAUUCAUGCAAGGUUUUAGAAAGCAGAUUUUUUUUUUUUUUAAGUAAAAGCACCUUUAAUUUGUCCUAACGGUACAUCCUGUAAAGACAAAAUGCUACAAAGCCUUUUAGGUGUCUUUACAGUAUGUGAAAAAUACAAGACUCAUUCUAGAGUUAAAUUACCAGUCUUGAUUGAUACUAUCUGCUUUCAUUUUUAUUAUCUAGGAAAUUAAUAUGUUGUUAGUAAAUAUUGGUUUUUACAGUGUCCAGUUUGAAAAUGUAAGUUAUCAAAACUUAAUGUAGUGAAUUUGUGUAACCAUGUUGUAUUGUUGAGAAUGUAUUUUUAUUUAAAUUUUAUUUUCUUAUCAAGAGUAUUAUAAAAAUUAAAAACUUUUGUAACUGUCGCUUGGAAAUAACUCAAAUAAAUUACAAGAAUCCUGUCCA